AUGUAUCCGGAUAAAAUCUGUGUUGAAGCUUUGGAAGCAACUGAGAGAGAGAGAGAGAGAGAGAGAGAGAGGGGGAGAGCAAACGGGCAGAAGCAAACGGCGGGCUGAAAUUUGACAAUCGAUCCAUGCCACCCUACACACGAUUAUGCUCAUUCUCUACCUUUCAUUGUUUCCCUCCAAGAUCACCGUAGAUACUCUGUUUCACUUUCAUCUUCUACAUUGUGAAAUCAUGAGAGCGACACAAUUUCAUCUCCAGAAAUUUCUCAAACUCAUGUCGGAUCGUUUCUCCUUAUCACAACCCAAGAGGACAAUCAGUUCCUCCUCUUCUCCACGACUCCAAUCGAACCAGAAACCUCCAAUUCCAAAAACUUUCUUCAAUUCAAACAGCAAUGGCGCUCUCGUAAACCGCUUGUGCAAAGACAAGAAAUUCAAUGAAGCUAUUGAAAUUCUUUGCGAACAAAAGCGUUUGGGUGAAGCAAUUCAGGUUCUAGACCUUGUUGAUCAUCCAAAUGCUGCAAUGUACUCGACUCUCAUACAACUCUGCCUCCACCAGCGAGCUCUCGAGGAGGGCAAAAGGGUUCACAAUCACAUUAAACUCUCUAGUUUUGUACCUGGGAUUUUCAUUUUCAAUCGCAUUCUUGAUAUGUAUUGCAAAUGUGGGAGCCUUGUGGGUGCUCGGAAUGUGUUUGAUGAAAUAUCUGAAAGAGACUUGUGUUCUUGGAACAUUAUGAUAUCUGGGUAUGCGAAAGUGGGACAAGUUAAAGAGGCUCGACACUUGUUUGAUUCAAUGCCUCAAAGAGAUCAUUUUUCUUGGACUGCCAUGAUUUCUGGGUAUGUUCGGCAUGACCAGCCUAAGGAUGCUCUAGAGUUGUACAGAGUAAUGCAGAGACAUGAGAAUUUGAACUGCAAUAAGUUUACUGUUUCUAGUGCUCUUACUGCUUCUGCUGCCAUUCAGACCUUGCACCUCGGGAAGGAGAUUCAUGGUCACAUUUUGCGAAUUGGGUUGGAUUCUGAUGCGGUUGUGUGGAGUGCCCUUUCGGAUAUGUAUGGGAAAUGUGGGAGUUUAGAAGAAGCACGGCACAUAUUUGAUAAGACAUUGGACAGAGACAUUGUUUCUUGGACAGCAAUGAUCGACAGGUACUUUGAGGAUGGAAAGAGGGAGGAGGGACUUUCAUUGUUCUCGGACUUGUUGAGGUCAGGGAUCAGACCUAACGAGUUCACAUUUGCUGGGGUUUUAAAUGAAUGUGCAGAUCAAACUGCAGAGGACAUUGGCAAGCAAGUUCAUGGGUACAUGAUGCGAGUUGGGUUUGAUCUGAUUUCAUUUGCAGCAAGUGCACUUGUUCACAUGUAUGCAAAGUGUGGGGACAUUGACAAUGCAAGAAAGGUCUUCAAAGGGAUGCAUCGGCCAGAUUUAGUUUCAUGGACUUCUAUGAUCAAUGGGUAUGCUCAAAAUGGUCAGCCCCACGAGGCUCUUCAGUUAUUUGAGUUGCUACUCAAAUCGGGUACUCAGCCUGAUCAUGUUACAUUUGUUGGGGUCCUUUCAGCUUGCACUCAUGCUGGUUUAGUUGAUAAAGGGCUUGAAUAUUUUCACUCAAUAAAACGGAAACAUGGGUUGACACAUACAGCUGAUCAUUAUGCUUGUGUGAUUGAUCUUUUGAGUCGAUCUGGCAGAUUUAAAGAAGCUGAAGAUUUGAUUAAUCAAAUGCCCAUGAAGCCUGAUAAGUUUUUGUGGGCUUCUUUACUUGGUGGUUGUAGAAUUCAUUCAAAUGUUGAACUGGCUAAACGAGCCGCAGAAGAAUUAUUUGUAAUAGAGCCCGAGAAUGCAGUUACCUAUGUUACCUUAGCCAACAUCUAUGCCACAGCCGGCAAGUGGGGCGAAGUGGCAAAGAUCAGAAAAAUUAUGGAUGACAGAGGAGUAGUUAAAAAACCCGGUUUAAGUUGGAUUGAAAUCAAAAGGAAGGUCCAUGUGUUCUUAGUGGGAGAUUCGACCCACCCAAAAUCUAGGGAAAUACAUGAUUUUUUGGGGGAGAUUUCAAAGAAGAUGAAGGGAGAAGGGUAUAUUCCUCACACAGAUUAUGUGCUACAUGAUGUGGAAGAGGAGCAAAAGGAGCAAAACCUCUCUUAUCACAGUGAGAAGCUUGCAGUUGCAUUUGGAAUUAUUGCUACUCCUCCAGGAACAACUAUAAAGGUUUUUAAGAAUUUAAGAACUUGUGUUGAUUGCCAUACAGCUAUUAAAUUUACAUCGAAGAUUGUUGAGAGGAAAAUAAUUGUAAGGGAUUCAAAUCGGUUCCAUUGUUUUGAAGAUGGGACCUGUUCAUGUAAAGAUUAUUGGUGAUUCAUGCCAGGGGUUGCUUUAAAAAUUAUGGUUUUGGAAAGGGAAAGCAGGAUUUGUUUCCAUAAUACAGCUGUUUUCUUGAAAAUUCGUCAUCUGAAAUGGAGAGCUUUCUGUCAUCUCUUCAAUGUCAGCCAGGAAUUUUGAUUGAAUCUGACUGAGUUUAAAGACAAAGAAUAAUGGCUUGUUUACAUAUCGAAGUUUUUUAUACAAUUU